AUGGCUGUUCCCUCCCCGGAUGUGGCCGUACACCGACUGCAUCUCCAGGGCUAUCCUUCAGAGAUCAGCUCGGACGAUCUCCUCCGACGGUUCUCCGGCUACGGCAGCCCAAUCUCACUCGAGGGACAUGCUUCUUUGGACGCUGUCGGCAAUCAGCGCAAGUACUGUUUCCUGAGCUUGCAGACCACUUCCGCUCAGCUCGCUCGAUGCAUGAACACGCUUUCCGGCACGACUUGGGCUGGCAGCAAGCUCAGAAUCGCUCUUGCUCGCGCAGACUAUCGAGCCAGACUGGCGCAGGAGCGUACACUGUCUGUGUCCCAUGACCGAUCAGGGGAGGCGCAUCUGCAGUCGGGCCAAUCACACUCUCAGAGGAGCGAGCUCAAACGUGUCAAUCGCAAAAAGGGCAGGCACCGUCACCUUCCCGGGGUCGAGGCUGUCAAGUCCGACUCCUCCGAGCUCGUGACCAUCAGGAACGCAGCGGGCAGACUCGGCUGGCGUAUCGCGAAUCCUCCAUCGCAUUUUGAGAGCGCGGGCGAACAGAGAAGCAAGCUCGCCAAGCCUGCCGGCGUACCGACACCCAUCUUUGCUCUCGUUGCUCGUCCGGACCGUCCACUGCCGCCCCUGCCGUCCAAGAGCAAGCCAUCCACUGCGAGAGGCAAGGCGGUAGGCACCAAAGAUCCGAGGCCUGUAACCCGUGCAUAUAGACAAAAGAUUGAUCCUCUCAAAUGGCAACGCGCCCAUCUACGAGGCACUCGCGCAAUGACCACCCAAGCCCCGACUCCGAACAUUGCAUCCCUCAAGGCGCUCGAGUCGUCACAGGACUAUCAUUUCGAAACGGACGGCGCUCAAGACGUGGGCAGAUGGGUGAGGCGCGAUGCAUCGGGCGCAGUCCUGCGUGAAGAGACGGUAAAGCUGACGCAGAGGACGAGGAUACCCUUCAUGCGCAUAUCCGAAGACGAAAGCUGGUCGGAUGACUCGUCGUCGAACUCGGAUGCCGGCGCGACUGACUUAUCGACGCCGUCAGACUCACACGUGUUUAUCGCAAGCAAAUCCUCCUCCUGCCUCAAUCCUGGCAGCACUGCUUCGAGGAUCUCAUCGACAGCAUCAGCUGCGGAAGCCCUUGCAAGGCCAGCUGAAGAUGCUAGCUCUGCCUCUUCAGCAAGGUCCGCUGAAUCAAACGCAUCUAUGAGCACGUCUGCCGAUAACGGUGCAUCAUCGCCCACGACCAUGGAAGAUGUCACGGCGGCACGAUCGACGGAGCAGGCCACGGAAACUCGAGAUAGCGGUGAGGCCAGCGAUGAUGGAUCUGCCGAUGAAGCAGACGGGUCAGGCCAGGAUGCCAGCUCCCCAUCUGACGACGAUGAUAAUGACGAAAAUGUCAGCGACGAAGAGGACGAGGACAACGACGACGAGGAAGAGGAAGAGGAAGAGGAAGAGGAAGAAGAAGAGGAAGAGGAAGAGGAAGAGGAAGAGGAAGAGGAAGAGGAAGACGAAGGCGCAGAGCAGCGUGGCAAGUCUGAGGCAGCCAAAAAUGUACGCGAGGUUGGCGCAAAAUCCAAGACGACUGUUGGCUUGUCUACCUUGACAGACAUUUUCAAGGCGAAGGACAGAUUGCCAGAAGAGACCUUCACCUUGGCCGACGGGUUAGAUGAUCAUGAGCUAGAAGAGUUGCCAGAGCAGCAAUCCCUUGCCUUUUCUGCGCCAAUACAGUCUCCUGAGCGUAUCCUUGCGCCUCUUCCUGCGCGAAGAAUCACGGCCCAGGCGAAAGCUGUCUUUGACGCCGAAGGACCACUCUUCUUUCCUUACCCGUUCGACGCCGAAGACGCACGGUCAACGUUAAUAACUGAGGAACACAAGCAAAAGCUGAUCAGCCGUAGUUGGCUUGAUACUGGUUCGAACGAGCCAGAGUUCAAGCGAUUCCGGACGAUUGGAACGCCAGCCGAGAUAGCGGAGAGGCACGUUGCUCUGCGCAAGGUACUGAACGAGCAGAUCCGUCGCCGCCACAAGGAAGGCGUCCGCAAGGAUAAGCGCAAUUAUGGGCAUGUUCGAGACAUGGACUCGGAGAUAUGA